ACCACAGACUGCAGAAGCAGUACUGUAGCAUAGACCGAAGUGGUGGCUGCUGCUGCUCCUGCUCCCAUUUACGUCUGGCGUAAACCGCUUCAUACAGAACUAGUCCUGUACACUCCGAAGGGCCCUCAUCGCUGAGUUUCUUGGGGCUUGCUCGCUCCCCGGCAGGUGUGUUUAGGACCGCGAAUUGAGAGUCCGAAUAGGUGGCUCCAGAGGGAGGAGAGAGCCCGGCCCCCUUGCUGAAUCAUAAACUGGAAAUUUACGUUAAGUGCCUUUUGUAUCUGAAAGAAGGACUCUAACAUGGCUACUGGAGAUCUAAAAGGAAAUUUGCGAAAAAUAGAGCAAGGACUUAGGCUUUUAAAUUACCCAAGAGAUGUGGAUUAUACUGGAUUGGCAAAAGGUGAUCCAUCUGCAUUUUUGCCCAUCGUCAGUUAUUGCUUCACAUCAUUCUCAACACAAAUAACAGAACUUCUGGUGGAAUCAAAUGUGGAACUUACAGCAAAGAAUGACUCACGGUUUGUUGAUGCCAUUUAUAAGUUUCUUCGUGAUCAGUUUCAGUAUAAACCAGUAUUAUCAAAACAGCAGUUCCUCCAAUAUGGCUUUGCAGAACGAAAAAUACAGAUUGUUUGCGAUAUUAUUAGUUUGAUCUAUAAAAGGCAUAAAGAAUUGAGUAACAUAAAUAAGGUGAAAUCACAAACAAGAAAGAAGACACAUUGUGUUACAUCCCAGCUAUAUGUGAACACUCUUAAUCUUGAUUCUGCAGCUAUCAGUACUACCAAUUUUCAGGAGAAACCUCAAGUAGAAUGCCAUACAAGUCCACUUAAUGCACACAUCCCUGAAGAUAAAAUUGAUGAUGUAGUUGAGGAGGAGAGUGAAGUUGUUUGUGAUGCUAAAAUUUUGGACAAUGUACAUGAAAUGGUCUCAGAGGAGGAGAAUAAUAAUCAAAUGGAAGAAUUAAAGAGCCAAGUUGCUGAACUGCAAGAGAAACUGAAUAAACUGAACUUAGUGGAAGAUAAGUUACAGGUUUUAGAAGAGAAACUUCAGGGGAAAGUUGUUAUAGAUGAGAAGGAAUGGAAUAAUCUGCUGAGCCGGGUGUUGCUUCUUGAAACACAACUGUUACUGCAGUCCAAAAUGACUGACAUAUCUGCAGAGUUUAAUAUCAUGAAUGAAGAAAAUGUCUCUAGCAGGAAUAUGACUCCCAUCUUCCCUGAGAGAGAGAAGGUGGAGCUGCCAGAGAGUCUUCAUCAGUCGUCUGGAUACAGUUCUCUGUUAUCUGCAGACCCAUCUCCCAAAGCCAUGGUAGUUAAUCAUGGCCCGUCAGAAGUUUCAAAGGAGACAACAAUACAAAGAAUGGAAAGAAUAAGCAAAAUGAUUGAAGAAACCUCAGAGUUGUUGAAGACCUCAAGUACCACCUCUUAGAGUAUUCUACUUAUACUCUAUUCUACUUAUAUAGCCAGAUACCUGAAAGCAAUUAUGUAUGUCUGUAAAAACGUUAGAGCUAUUUGAAUCUUCUUUGACUUUUUGUGACUCAAAUUAUCCAAAAACUAUUCAUUUGAAUGAAAAUAAAUAUUUUGCAAUAUUUUUGUCACUGACAUAAUUUGUACAUAACUACAUGUACUUAUUUUGUGUGUAUGUGGUGAAGUUGUUCCUGUAGUCUAUUUUUGUAUUGACAUUUCGUGGGUACUGGGCUAAGUAAUAUGUUUUUUAAAGUGCAGGCUCAAGGACCAUGGUUUACAUCCUGUUGGAAACACUCCAACUGGGACUUGCAUAUUGCACCCAAGAGAAUUGCAUACAUACCAUCCUGCCAUCUGUAAAGUUGUACAAGCCUUAAUGAAAACCCAAGUACGCAUGUUGUAAAUGUGUACUUCUUAGGUGUUUUUUAAUAUACAUUUUUGUGCUCAGUCAGAAAGUACCAACACAUUGUAGCUUCCAUUAAGACUGACAAAGUGAAGGCCAUUUUGAUCCGAAACAUUAAAAUAUAUAAGUAGGUCAACAGACUUUGACUGGGAAAUGUGUUGAGGGUUUUAGUGCUGUAUUACCUGACACAUUUUAAAACCAGCAGCACAGAUGGAGGCCAUCCAGUCAGUAUACAAAGAUAUACAACACUUUUAUGAUUUGAAAUCAUUUAAAAUGACUCUUCAGAGACAUACGUUUACAUAAAACAGCCAUAAGUAUGAUACAGUCAAAUGAAAAAUAGGAAUUGGAGAAGAGGAGAGCACUUGAGAUAUUCAGAUCUCUAAGUUGCUGCAUAAUUACUUGUGCUGCACAGGGAACCUUUUAAUCAACCGGAAUUAAUUUCUGUAAGUUCAUGUGAUAAGAUCUUUCAGUGACAUUGACAUCAAAAGAUUUUUAAUGGAGUGGUUUACAGAUGAUGAGAGAGCAGCUGUUUCCUUUUUGUUGUAAAACAUGAUUUAUUUUGUAACUUGAAUGUGUCUCUAUCUGAAUAGUAUAAGAGCUAGGAUAAAUUAUUUACACAGGAAUUUUUAAAAAUUGCAAUUCAGUACUGUGUUUAACAUCUGUUUUAAAGAGGAAAAUGUUUCAAAACAAUAUUGCAGCAAAAUCCCAUUCUUUAAAUUUUGAAAACAUUCGUAUUCUCAAUAUAAUAAUAUAGUUCAUGUUCACAGUAAUCUUGCCUCAGUUGGAAGGUGAAUUCAUUUGCCAACCACUCAUGAUUUUCCAAAUUUCUUGUACUUCUAAGCAAAUAAAUAAAUAAUUUUUUUAAAAAAAUCAGCUCUUUUCAUAGGGAAAAUUAGUGGUCUUUAAAUAAUGUUAGUUCCCUUUUCUUUAAAUCCUUUCCCAGUACAUCCUCUUUGUAAAGGGGGAUCAGAACUGUGGACAAUGUUCUAAUGUAAUGUGAAUAUCCCAUAAGUGACAUGAAGACAGUUACGAUUUUACAUGACUUAAUUCCUUUUCCAAUCCUUAAUACUGUUUCCUUUGUUCUUGUGCUUUUAUUUAUGGAAUGUAUUCUAUUUGACAAGCAUAAGCUUGGGGGCGGGGGGGCAGAUAAGCAUGUGCCUUUUUGGAUCCUGGCCUAUAUCUGUAACUUUUCCCCCAGCAGUAAAAACAGUUUAUUGAACACUCUAAUUUGUGAAACAUAGUAGGAUACUGGCUCCACCUUGUGGUGUAUACAAACUUCCUGUGACUUUAAAAAAUGUGUUUAAUUAUUCCAUACAUAGGUGAAAACAAAGAAUAUGGAUAAAUAUCAGGAUACAUAUUUCAAGAAUUAAACAUUUCUUAAACUGUUA